CGCCUCCGUUGGAGGAGGAGCAGCAGUGCCGGGAGUGUAUGGAGGCUGCUGAGCGUCACGGUGCGGACCGGCAGGCGCUGCAGGGCGCGCUGGGCUCCAUGCGCGGCCGCAAUGCCCGAGUGGUUUUCAAGGUGCUGUGCCAUGCCGGCCCGGCGGGCAUGAAGGUGACGGACAUUGUUCGCACCGCCAUCAGCCGCCACUACGUCGACUGGCCGGCCGGGGCGGACCGCAGCGCUAGCGUGCAUGGCACCAUCCGCUCCUACGGCAACGUCAUGGUGCACGUGGGGGGGCACAUGUACGCACUGACACUGUUCCCCGGGGUGAGGGAGGUGCCCAAGGAGGCGGGGAGGAAGGGGGCGAGGGGCGGAGCAGGAGGAGCAGCGGCUGCGGGGGCGGAGGUGUGAGGACUGGGGAGGCAAAGUGAGGGAUGAUGGCUUUAAAUGGCAGAAAGGGAGAUGCAUGAAACCAGACGUUAGGACUCAUGGGAGGUAAGGGUGACGGGCGAGGAGUUGACAGGAGGAGUUUGCAACAUAAAUUUCAGCAUGUUGUCGUCGCGCUACGACAGUGAUCUGGUUGGUGCGCAGGGUGCCUCGUGGCGUUGUAAGGUUCAGCACAUACGGACGUGACAGGGUAGGCACAGCUCCUGGUAUGAUUGUGGCAGGACCUGGGAACCGUGUGUUUAGUUACCAUGUUGUGCAUUCGUGAAGUACGGGCAGCAGCGAGUGGCAUUGUAUGCUUUAGAAAACGUGUUGAUAAACGGUGCUGCCAGGGCUAACUGCUUUAUAGCCUGUCUAUACGAUAAUCGUCCUGUGGUAUCGUGCCAUGAUCACGGUUUUACUCGUAUGGAUGAUAAAUGGCUGUGCUAUGACCCAUGGGUCAUCUUUUAACGUAUUCGCAUCCCGGGCAUCGGUGGUCAUGCAAGCAUCGACUUUUACAGCGCCCUCCAACUUGCAAAUCCCGCCCCACGACGUUAUCAUCUCAUCUUUUAUUCCUGUAACGCAUGACAGCAUGAUAUCCUGUCAAUGGUUAGCUAGUGGCUUGCAAAACGCAGGCCAUCUGCUUACUAACGUCUAGGCUACUGCCUUGAAUGUCAGUACUACAACUAAAUGGCACUAACUGAGAACCGCAACAAGAAUGUACUAAAGUCCAGCGUCACAGAACGUGUUAGUAGGACCACCCCUACUCGAGUCACUAAAUCUAAAAUCGAGACAAUGUGCCAGUAAAACACACCCACGCCCAGCAGACCAGUACCCUACAGCAACAUAAAUCAGCAGGCAACAACUCUCACGGCACUCCUGCCUGCCUAUUUAAAUUCCAGGCAGCAUCACCCGCCACCACCGAAAGCACCACCAAAUAAAACUGCAACAGCAGCGGGGUCUCAGAGAUCUGCGAGCUCUGAUGGUAACAUGGCGUUUCCGCACACAUUCCCCAAAAAAUUGACGCUGCUUCACCCUCCUUUCAAAGAAAUGAACAACCCAAACUCACUACUUUGCAUCUUCCCUUCGGCACACCAUCGGGCAAAUUUAGCAGUUCUACAAAAAGAUUUCCCAGCGCUACGCUUCGAUACGUGUCCAAUCUUGCAACCAACGGUGCUGCUUAGAAACACUCCGACGGCCAGACACUCAGUACCGCUGCAACCACUAUGAACAACCAGCUGGCUGCAUCCCUCCUAUUCUCCUAUCGUCGCAGCCAGCCAUUCAGCCCUGUACAACCCCUUCGAGCAACGCUGCUUCACUUAUUCCUGAAGAUACACAACCGUGGAAAUUGGUUGACAACUAAAUACCCAGAACGCACUCGUAAAGGCCCUCCCACCAUGGAACGUAGCAGAGCGUCCAUGCCUCACGUGCCAAAAGAAGCCUCCAGGACGGUACAUGAAUGGUAGGCCAGUCCACACCUCCACAAAGCGCCCUUUAACGUACGGCAGACAAUCUGCAUGUCAUUCACUUCUACAAUCCCGCCCUCAAAAGCGGCUGUGUGACCCUCCUCCAUGCACAUCACCUGCCUCCACACCCGGCGCACAGCUCCACAGCAUGCUGGUUCAUCUGUGUGCUGCCCUGCCACCCGCCACAGCAAGCCCGCCCUGCCAGCC